GAGCGUUAACUAGAAAGACCGUGUGUAGAUUCAAACCCACCAAUCUUCUCUUCCACCCAAUUUCAUGCAGUAACAGAGGAAAAAACACGAAAACCCACCUUCAACUCGACACGACUUUCAUUUAUAUAAAAACCACGUCUUGCUCAGACAAAUAAAAAGCAAGCUUUUCUAUCACCAAUAUAAGCACCCUUUCGAUCCCCAAGGAACUUCUUCAUUACUCCAUCUUCUGCUCUGCCGACGGGAAUUCUCCUUCCCCAAUUACCCCACUGGUCAGAGAAUUGGAGCUCGCUCCUUUAUAACCCUUAUUACAACUAGAAGAAUUAGUCAUGGAAACCCACAUUGCAGGGGUCGCGGGAUCUCAGAACGAGCCUUUUUACGAUCUUCUUCACCCAAAUCAGAGCAACAGCAAUAAUAUUAACAAUAUUAGUAGCGGGCUAAUCAAGCAAAUGGAUGAUCUAGGGUUUGAGAAGGAUAUUGUGGUACCCUCUUUCACCUCACAGCCCAUCAAAACAGAUUUCAAUUCUUCUUCUUCUUCUUCUUUAGCUGGAGCAGAUUUGCAAGAUAAUUCACCGCGUCUUGUGCGACAACGAGCCCCCUCGCCUUCCUAUUCUCCUGCGGUACACAGUGCUAGUGAUUCUUUACAAGCAAAGUGGGAACAUGAUAAGGAACGAUUUGAGGCAGCAACACUGGCAGCUGUAGAACGUACUAUGAAGAAACAUGGCGACAAUCUGCUUCGUGCACUGGAGGGCAUAAGUGGAAGGUUGACACAACUUGAAAACAAAACCCAGCAUCUGGAAGGGUCAGUUGAAGAGUUGAAAAUGUCUGUAAGUAAAAGUCAUGGUGAGACUGAUGGGAGGAUGAGGAUGUUGGAGAACCUUUUAAGAGAGGUACAAACUGGGGUUCAGGUCCUGCGUGACAAGCAGGAGAUUGCAGAGGCUCGUUCUCAACUCAUGAAAUCCCAAUCUUUAAAGAACAACCUCUCUGAUAAUACUUUUUCGCAUGAAAAUUCAGAGCCCAAGCCCAUUGAUCCACAGCAACAGCCAGGAUUUGCAGGUCCCCAUCAGGCAAUGCCAUCUUUCUCUUUUCCUUCCCAACCUCAAGCUUCUCUUUCUGCUCCAGCACAGAACUUACCUCUUCCCCGGCAGGCAGGUAAUUCACCUCAAUUCCCAUCGCAGAAUGUACCUGCACUGCAUCCCCAGCAAGUGGUUAGUUCACCUCCAUUCCCAGCUCCACAAGCUCAACAGUCGGUCCCUGUUCAAGCUCAUUCACCUUCACCGUUAGGAGCACAGCAGGUACUACCUUCAACUCCAUCUGUACCAAGUGAGCCUUCAUAUCAAAGUGCACUUCACCAAUCUUCUGCACCUCCACCACCCCCUCCUCAACCUCAUCAGUAUCAAAUUCCCUCUCACAUGCAGCAAGUGCCUCCAAAUGCUAUUCAGAUGCCUUCUUAUUCUCAAAAUCCUCAGCCACAGCAACCAUCAAAGCCUGUUUCACUUGCUUAUAGUCAACCUGAUCAUGCUCCUAAUUUGGUUCAGCAUGUUCCCCAUUCACAAAUGUCAGCUCCUGUGCCCCAAGGUAAUUAUGGACCAGAGCCCCCUUAUGUGCCUGCAAAUUAUGGAGGGCCCAGUUUGCACCAGCAACCCCAGCCAAUUCCUCCUCCACAACAACCAGCACCUCAAAGAUAUACUGGGGGCCAACAGGCAUAUGAACCCUCAUUUGGAAGAACUAGUUCAGGUCCUUUGCCGUUUACUCCAAAUUAUGGUCCAGGCCUUUCAGGCCCCACAUAUGGUGAUUCUCAGUCUUAUAGUGCGCCUCCUUAUAGGUCUUCACAUCAAGAUUCAGCCCCGAGUGGUGGCAGUGGUCAUCCAAGAUUACCCACUGCAAAGCCCUUGCAACAUUCUUUACCAGUGGCAAGCAGCAUUAGUGGGUCACCUUCAGGUAGUCCAUCAUCUUCAAAUAGAGUUCCAGUUGAUGAUGUUAUAGAUAAAGUUGCAUCAAUGGGUUUCUCAAAGGAGCAAGUGAAAGCAGUUGUGCGGAAGCUUACAGAAAAUGGACAGUCAGUUGAUUUGAAUAUUGUUUUGGACAAACUAAUGAAUAGUGGGGAAAUACAACCACAGAAAGGCUGGUUUGGUCGGUAAAUGAUACAAGAACUGUUUGGCUUCAGAAUCCAGAGUGGAAUCUUUAUUAUUUGUGCAAAAAUUCUUCCCAGUUUUAAACUUAGUCUCGUAUUUUAAAAUGGACAAUUGACUUGAAAAUCUGUUAGUCAUUUGUUAAUUGGUUUGCGUUGUUGGAUAUUUAUGGAACCGUCAUUCUGUGAAAGUCCAGAAUAUUGGUCAAUUUGGUUUAUGUAAAUAAGGCCUAUUUCCAAUUUGGAAAUGUAUAGAAAGAUUUGUACCAUUUUUAGGUUAAAGUUACAUUAUGAUCUGCAACAACUAUACCAGUGCUAGUUUUGGUA